AUGUUAGGGGGAAUAUUCUCUUUCCACACCAGCUGGAAAGAUCGACAGGAUACCUACAUUCAAAAACCACUGCCACUGCAAUGCACCAGUCUGAAUUUCAGAGACUUCCAAUUUGCCCAGGCUAUGCUCUUUGCCAUUGAGGAGAUCAAUAACAGCACAGACCUACUGCCUGGAAUCUCUCUGGGAUACAAGAUUUAUGAUACAUGUGGCUCCAUUGCCAGAAGUGUAAGGGUUGCACUGGCCUUGGCUAAUGGUAAUGACGCAGCAUCGGCCCUUUCCGAGGCACCAUGUACCAGACUUUCCCGAGUGCAGGCCAUUAUGGGAGAAACCUCUUCUUCUCCUUGCAUGGCUAUAGCCACUGUCAUCGGACGCUUUCACAUCCCAAUGAUCAGCCACUUUGCUACUUGUGCUUGUCUCAGUGAUAAAACCAAGUACCCAUCCUUCCUCAGAACAGUACCCAGUGACUACUACCAGAGCAGAGCCCUGGCCCAGCUGGUCAAGCAUUUUGGUUGGACUUGGGUUGGAGCUAUUAGAACAAAUGAUGAUUAUGGCAAUAAUGGCAUGGCCACAUUCACAGAAACCGCCCAGCAGCUGGGCAUCUGUCUGGAGUACUCUGUAUCUUUCUUUAGAACAGAUCCACCAGAUAAAAUACAAAAGAUAAUUGACACUAUCAAGACUUCCACUUCCAAGGUUAUUGUCGCUUUCCUCUCCCACAUGGAUAUGGAUGUGAUAUUGCAUAAGUUUUCUCACCACAACUUGACUGGAUACCAGUGGGUAGGCACUGAGGGCUGGAUAUUUGAUUCCCAAACUGCAGCAAUGGAUAGGCAUCACAUUCUGGAUGGUGCCAUAGGCCUGUCCAUCCCCAAAGCACAUGUCAGUGGCGUUAGAGAGUUCAUGUUGGAUGUAAAGCCGCUCAAUUCAUCUAGUAAUGAAAUGUUUACAGAGUUUUGGGAGGCAUUAUUUAGCUGUAAGUUCAGGCAGUCAAAGUCAUCAUCAGGGAAUCAGAGAGAAUGUACUGGACAUGAAGAUCUGACUGGAGUGCAAAACAGCUUCACUGAUAUGUCGUCCAUGCCAAUCUUUAACAAUGUCUAUAAAGGAGUGUAUGCUGUGGCUCACACACUUCAUAGUAUUCUCAACUGUAACAAAACCUGCAACAACACAGUGCAGCUUGAUCCAUAUAAGAUUUUACAGCUUAUGAAAAAGAUUCAGUUCAAAACAAAGGAAGGGGAGGAGGUUUACUUUAAUGAGAAUGGAGACCCAUCAGCAAAGUAUGAAAUUAUACACUGGCAGCCAACAGAAAAGGGCACUGUGGACUUUGUCACA